CCGGCUGGCUGGGAAGAUGGCGGCGGGAGCUUGGGUCGCCGCUGCCGCUGCGGCCGAACGGGCCUGCGGUGUCCGGGGUGCGCCGUCCAGGGCCGGGGCCGGGCCAUGAACGCUCCGCCCUCGAGUCCCCGAGCCGCGGAGCCCGCCCGCGCCUCUCGCCAUGGCGCGGCUCGCGGACUACUUCGUGCUGGUGGCGUUCGGACCGCACCCGCGCGGGAGUGGGGAAGGCCAGGGCCAGAUCUUGCAGCGCUUCCCGGAGAAGGACUGGGAGGACAACCCCUUCCCCCAGGGCAUCGAGCUGUUUUGCCAGCCCAGCGGGUGGCAGCUGUGUCCUGAGAGGAACCCACCUACCUUCUUUGUUGCUGUCCUCACUGACAUCAACUCCGAGCGUCACUACUGUGCCUGCUUGACCUUCUGGGAGCCAGUGGAGCCCACACAGGCAGUGGUGUGUACCGAGGAUUCUGCGGAGAGGGAGGAAGAGGCAGAUGAGGGAGGCCGGGGGCAGCUCUCACCCACAGCACAGGCCCCACCUGCCCAGCUGUUUGCUCCGAAGACACUGGUGCUGGUGUCGCGACUGGACCACGCAGAGGUGUUCAGGAACAGCCUCGGGCUCAUCUACACCAUCCAUGUGGAGGGCCUGAAUGUGUGUCUGGAGAACGUGAUUGGCAACCUGUUGACCUGCACUGUCCCCCUGGCUGGGGGCUCGCAGAGAACCAUCUCUUUGGGGGCUGGUGACCGGCAGGUCAUCCAGACCCCACUGGUUGACUCGCUGCCUGUCAGCCGCUGCAGUGUGGCCCUGCUGUUCCGCCAGCUGGGCAUUACAAAUGUGCUGUCUCUGUUCUGUGCCGCCCUCACGGAGCACAAGGUCCUCUUCCUGUCCCGGAGCUACCAGCGGCUCGCAGACGCCUGCCGGGGCCUCCUGGCACUCUUGUUCCCUCUCAGAUACAGCUUCACCUACGUGCCCAUCCUGCCGGCACAGCUGCUGGAGGUCCUCAGCACACCCACACCCUUCAUCAUUGGUGUCAACGCGGCCUUCCAGGCAGAGACCCAGGAGCUGCUAGAUGUGAUUAUUGCUGAUCUUGAUGGAGGGACGGUGACGGUCCCUGAGUGUGUGCACAUUCCACCCCUGCCAGAGCCAUUGCAGAGCCAGACGCACAGCAUUCUGAGCAUGGUCCUGGAUCCAGAGCUGGAGAUGGCUGACCUCGCCUUCCCCCCACCCACGACAUCCAUCUCCUCCCUGAAGAUGCAGGACAAGGAACUGCGGGCUGUCUUCCUCCGGCUCUUUGCACAGCUCUUGCAGGGCUAUCGCUGGUGUCUGAACAUCGUGCGCAUCCACCCAGAGCCUGUCAUCCGCUUUCAUAAGGCAGCCUUCCUGGGCCAGCGUGGACUGGUGGAGGACGAUUUCUUGAUGAAGGUGCUGGAGGGCAUGGCCUUUGCAGGCUUUGUGUCAGAGCGUGGGGUCCCCUACCGUCCCACGGACCUCUUUGAUGAGCUGGUGGCCCAUGAGGUGGCACGGAUGCGGGCAGAUGAGAACCAUCCCCAGCGUGUCCUGCGUCAUGUCCAGGAACUGGCAGAGCAGCUCUAUAAGAACGAGAACCCAUACCCAGCUGUAGCGAUGCACAAGGUGCAGAAGCCAGGCGAGGCCAGUCACCUGCGGCGGGUGCCCCGGCCCUUCCCCCGGCUCGAUGAGGGCACUGUGCAGUGGAUCGUGGACCAGGCUGCAGCCAAGACGCAGGGUGCACCCCCGGCCGUGAAGGCUGAGAGGAGGACCACUGUGCCCGCGGGGCCCCCAAUGACUGCCAUCCUGGAGCGGGGCAGUGGGCUGCACGCCAACAGCGCCCGCAGGCUGGAGGUUGUGCGCAACUGCAUCUCCUAUGUAUUCGAGGGGAAGAUGCUUGAGGCCAAGAAGUUGCUCCCGGCUGUGCUGAGGGCUCUGAAGGGACGGGCUGCCCGCCGCUGCCUCACCCAGGAGCUGCACCUGCAUGUGCAGCAGAACCGGGCAGUCCUGGACCACCAACAGUUCGACUUCAUCAUCCGCAUGAUGAACUGCUGCCUGCAGGACUGCACCUCUCUGGAUGAGCAUGGCAUUGCAGCCGCUCUGCUGCCCCUGGUCACAGCCUUCUGCCGGAAGCUGAGCCCGGGGGUGACGCAGUUUGCAUACAGCUGCGUGCAGGAGCACGUAGUGUGGAGCACGCCACAGUUCUGGGAGGCCAUGUUCUACGGGGACGUGCAGACCCACAUCCGGGCCCUCUACCUGGAAACUACUGAGGACCGAGCCCUCUCCCAGGAAGUUGGGGAGACACUUUCCCAGGAGGACGAGCGCUCUGCUCUGGACGUGGCUUCAGAGCAGCGGCGCCUGUGGCCAACCCUGAGCCGCGAGAAGCAGCAGGAGCUGGUGCAGAAGGAGGAGAGCACAGUGUUCAGCCAGGCUAUUCAUUACGCCAACCGCAUGAGCUACCUCCUGCUGCCCCUGGACAGCAGCAAGAGCCGCCUGCUGCGGGAGCGGGCGGGGCUGGGUGACCUGGAGAGUGCCAGCAACAGCCUGGUCACCAACAGCAUGGCAGGUAGCAUGGCUGAGAGCUAUGAUACAGAAAGUGGCUUCGAGGACGCAGAGACCUGCGACGUGGCUGGGGCCGUGGUCCGCUUCAUCAACCGCUUUGUGGACAAGGUCUGCACAGAGAGUGGGGUCACCAGCGACCAUCUCAAGGGGCUGCAUGUCAUGGUGCCAGACAUUGUCCAGAUGCACAUUGAGACCCUGGAGGCUGUGCACCGAGAGAGCAAGAGGCUGCCGCCCAUCCAGAAGCCCAAACUGCUGCGGCCAUGCCUGCUGCCUGGCGAGGAGUGUGUGCUGGAUGGCCUGCGUGUCUACCUACUGCCUGACGGGCGUGAGGAGGGUGCAGGGGGGACUGUGGGAGGCCCUGCACUGCUGCCAGCUGAGGGUGCUGUCUUCCUCACCACCUACCGGGUCAUCUUCACGGGGAUGCCCACUGACCCUCUGGUGGGGGAACAGGUGGUGGUCCGCUCCUUCCCGGUGGCCGCGCUGACCAAGGAGAAGCGCAUCAGUGUCCAGAGCCCUGUGGACCAGCUCCUGCAGGACGGGCUGCAGCUGCGCUCCUGCACAUUCCAGCUGCUGAAAAUGGCCUUUGACGAGGAGGUGGGGUCCGACAGUGCCGAGCUCUUCCGUAAGCAGCUGCACAAGCUGCGGUACCCACCAGAUGUCAGGGGCACCUUUGCGUUCACCUUGGGGUCUGCCCACAUAUCUGGCCAGCAGUCCCGGGCCACCAAGGACAAAGGUUCUUCUCUCAGAACCCUGUCCCGGAACCUGGUGAAGAAUGCCAAGAAGACCAUCGGGCGUCAGUACAUCACUCGGAAGAAGUACAGCCCCCCCAGCUGGGAGCAUCGGGGCCAGCCGCCCACUGAGGACCAGGACCAGGAGGAUGAGAUCUCAGUGUCGGAGGAGCUGGAGCCCAGCACGCUGACCCCGUCCUCAGCCCUGAAGCCCUCGGACCGCAUGACCAUGAGCAGUCUGGUGGAGAGGGCGUGUUGCCGUGACUACCAGCGGCUUGGCCUGGGCACCCUGAGCAGCAGCUUGAGCCGGGCCAAGUCCGAGCCCUUUCGUAUCUCCCCAGUGAACCGCAUGUAUGCCAUCUGCCGCAGCUACCCAGGGCUGCUGAUCGUUCCCCAGAGUGUCCAGGACAACGCCCUGCAGCGUGUGUCCCGCUGCUACCGCCAGAACCGCUUCCCUGUGGUCUGCUGGCGCAGUGGGCGCUCCAAGGCUGUGCUGCUGCGCUCCGGGGGUCUGCACAGCAAGGGCAUGGUCAGCCUCUUCAAGGCCCAGAAUGCACCUUCUCCAGGCCAGUCCCAGGCGGACUCCAGCAGCUUGGAGCAAGAGAAGUACCUGCAGGCAGUGGUCAGCUCCAUGCCCCGCUACGCAGACACGUCGGGACGCAACACGCUCAGCGGCUUCUCCUCAGCCCACAUGAGUGGUCACGUGCCCAGCCCCAGAGCCAGGGUCACCACGCUGUCCAACCCCAUGGCGGCCUCGGCCUCCAGACGGACCGCGCCCCGAGGAAAGUGGGGCAGUGUCCGGGCCAGUGGGCGCAGCAGUGGGCUCGGUGCCGAUGUGGGCUCCCGGCUGGCUGGCAGAGACAUGCUGGGCCCCCCCCAGGCCAACGGGGCCCCUCCUGACCAGGGCUUUCUGCGGCCUCAGCGUGCAGCCCUCUAUAUCAUUGGGGACAAAGCCCAGCUCAAGGGUGUGCGGCCAGACCCCCUGCAGCAGUGGGAAUUGGUGCCCAUCGAGGUGUUCGAGGCGCGGCAGGUAAAGGCCAGCUUCAAGAAGCUGCUGAAGGCAUGUGUCCCGGGCUGCCCUGCCGCUGAGCCCAGCCCAGCCUCCUUCCUGCGCUUGCUGGAGGACUCCGAGUGGCUGAUCCAGAUUCACAAGCUCCUGCAGGUGUCGGUCCUGGUGGUGGAGCUCCUGGACUCGGGCUCCUCUGUCCUGGUGAGCCUGGAGGACGGUUGGGACAUCACCACUCAGGUGGUGUCCUUGGUUCAGCUGCUCUCAGACCCCUUCUACCGCACCCUAGAGGGCUUCCGUCUGCUAGUGGAAAAGGAGUGGCUGUCCUUCGGCCACCGCUUCAGCCACCGCGGGGCCCACACCCUGGCUGGACAGAGCAGCGGCUUCACACCUGUCUUCUUGCAGUUCCUGGACUGCGUACAUCAGGUCCACCUGCAGUUCCCCAUGGAGUUUGAGUUCAGCCAGUUCUACCUCAAGUUCCUUGGCUACCACCACGUGUCCCGCCGUUUCCGGACCUUCCUGCUCGACUCUGAUUACGAGCGCAUCGAGCUGGGGCUGCUGUACGACGAGAAGGGCGAACACAGGGCCCAGCUGCCCUGCAGGUCUGUGUGGGAGUAUGUGGACCGGCUGAGCAAGAGGACGCCUGUGUUCUACAACUACGUGUACGCGCCUGAGGACACCGAGGUCCUGCGGCCCUACAGCAACGUAUCCAACCUGAAGGUGUGGGACUUCUACACCGAAGAGACGCUGGCUGAGGGCCCUCCCUACGACUGGGAACUGGCUCAGGGUCCCCCUGAGCCUCCAGAGGAGGAACGGCCUGAUGGAGCUGCUCCCCAGAGUAGGCGCCGCGUGGUGUGGCCCUGCUAUGACAGCCGUCCCCGAGCCCAGCCCGAUGCCAUCUCGCGCCUGCUGGAGGAGCUGCAGCGGCUGGAGACAGAGUUGGGCCGACCUCCUGAGCGCUGGAAGGACACUUGGGACCGGGUGAAGGCUGCACAGCGCCUCGAAAACCGGCCAGAUGGACGUGGCACCCCCAGCUCGCUGCUAGUGUCCAGCGUGCCCCACCACCGCCGCUCGCUGGGCGUGUAUCUGCAGGAGGGGCCCAUGGGCUCCACCCUGAGCCUCAGCCUGGACAGUGAUCAGAGCAGUGGCUCAACUGCGUCUGGCUCCCGCCAGGCUGCCCGCCGCAGCACCAGCACCCUGUACAGCCAGUUCCAGACAGCCGAGAGUGAGAAUAGGUCCUAUGAGGGCACCCUAUACAAGAAGGGAGCCUUCAUGAAGCCCUGGAAGGCCCGUUGGUUUGUGCUGGACAAGACCAAGCACCAGCUGCGCUACUAUGACCACCGAGUGGAUACAGAGUGCAAGGGUGUCAUCGACCUGGCAGAGGUGGAGGCUGUGGCGCCUGGCACACCCACCAUGGGCGCCCCUAAGACCGUGGAUGAGAAGGCCUUCUUUGACGUGAAGACAACGCGUCGUGUUUACAACUUCUGUGCCCAGGAUGUGCCCUCGGCCCAGCAGUGGGUAGACCGGAUCCAGAGCUGCCUGUCGGAUGCCUGACCCUCCUUGGCCCUGCCCGGGCCGCUCUGCUUCCAGUCAUUACAGACCACUAGGGGUGGGCAGGGCCGCCCCGGCCAUGUUUACAGCCCCGGCCCUCGACAGUAUUGAGGCCCCGAGCCCCCAGCACUUGCGUGUACAGCCCCCGCCCCGCCCCCCUUGCCCCGCCUGGCCGGCUCUAACUUAUUGUGGCGUCAUGGCUGAGCGCCGUGCCGGCGGUGGCCAUGGUACAGCCCCAAGAUGGGCCUGUAAAUAGUCCACCCCCACCCAGCCCCGUCAGUGUGCUGGCCCCAGCCGGCUGGCCGCAAGUGAGUUGUUUCUAGAACCAGAGUCUAUAUAAAGAGGAGAACUAACAGUG